AUCGACGGUUAAAAGCUUAUCCCAUAAUCGACUUUUGACGGUCUAGAUCGAAAGUUCAACCUCAAAUACUUUCUAAGCUGGGCCCUGCUGGGACAGGUCAACAUGGGUACCAACAUCAAAGCAAUUCUGUUGCCUUUCUUCCUGUCCAUGCUGUUAUUUUCUCUUGUCUCCUCCGCAACCGGUGAUAGUUUGCUUAGGAUUGGACUGAAGAAGGUAAAAAGGGACCCCAACGACCGGAUUGCUGCGCAGCUUGAUUUCAAGAAGGGAGAGUCUUUGAGAGAUUCUAUUAGGAAGUAUCGUCCCCGUGGCAGGCUGGGGGACGCACCGGAGACUGAUAUUGUUGCGUUAAAGAACUACUUGGAUGCUCAGUACUAUGGUGAGAUUGGAAUUGGUACACCCCCACAGAAGUUCACUGUCAUUUUUGAUACCGGCAGCUCUAAUCUGUGGGUGCCAUCAUCAAAGUGCUAUUUCUCGGUUUCUUGUUAUUUCCAUGCCAAGUAUAAGGCUGGCCAAUCGAAAACAUAUAAGAAGAAUGGCACUGCUGCUGCUAUUCAGUAUGGAACAGGAUCUAUUGAAGGUUUCUUUAGCAAAGACAAUGUCAAAGUUGGUGACCUAGUUGUGAAGGAUCAGGAAUUUAUUGAAGCAACUAGUGAACCUGGCGUCACAUUUUUGGUUGCCAAGUUUGAUGGGAUAUUAGGACUUGGGUUUCAAGAGAUUUCAGUGGGAAAUGCUGUCCCAGUAUGGUACAACAUGGUUGUGCAAGGUCUUGUCAAGGAACCGGUGUUUUCUUUUUGGCUCAAUCGUAAGGCAGGUGAAGCCGAAGGGGGUGAACUUGUGUUUGGUGGAGUCGAUCCAAAACACUUCAAGGGAAAGCACUUGUAUGUUCCUGUAACACGAAAAGGGUAUUGGCAGUUUGACAUGGGCGAUGUUCUUAUUGGUGGUAAACCAACUGGAUACUGUGAUGGCGGUUGUUCAGCUAUUGCAGAUUCUGGAACUUCUCUGUUGGCCGGUCCAUCGACUGUGAUUGCCAUGAUAAAUAGUGCCAUCGGAGCCUCUGGAGUUGUUAGCAAGGAGUGCAAAUCUGUAGUUCAACAGUACGGACAAAACAUUCUAGAUUUGCUUAUGGCACAGGUCCAUCCUAAGAAGGUCUGCUCCCAAAUUGGAUUGUGCACCUUUGAUGGUACUCGAGUUGUUAGCAUUGGCAUUGAAAGUGUGGUGGACAAAAACAAUGGAAAAUCUGGCGUCCUUCAUGAUGCCAUGUGCUCUGCAUGUGAGAUGACCGUUGUAUGGAUGCAAAACCAGCUAACACAGAACCAGACACGAGAGCAUAUAUUGGACUAUGUCAAUGAGCUUUGUGACCGAGUGCCAAACCCAAUGGGAGAAUCAUCUGUCGACUGUGGACGCCUUUCAUUGAUGCCCAAAGUUGCCUUCACCAUUGGUGGUAAAAUCUUUGAACUGUCCCCACAGGAGUACAUCCUUAAGGUGGGUGAGGGCCCUCAAGCCCAGUGCAUCAGCGGUUUCACUGGUUUGGAUGUUCCUCCUCCUCGCGGACCUCUCUGGAUUUUGGGAGAUGUCUUUAUGGGUAGGUACCACACUGUCUUUGAUUACGGGAAAUUGAGAGUUGGAUUUGCAGAGGCAGCAUAAUGAAGCUGGCUUAGAACCUUUCUCCUAAAUAUUUAAUGUUUAUUUACUAGCUUUUUGUGUACCUUUGAGAACAUGAUGAAGGUGACAGUGGAAUAUUUUAGUUGUUUGUCGUCUGUUUGAAACUUGUGCUUGUAAAUAUUCACUUUCGUCCUUUUCUAUCAAAUAUAAAAAUCGGAGGUGGAAAAAAUACCUUGAGCAA